AACAAGUGCAAAGGACGGGACCACGCUACGCGAGUUGUACCUUCCACAGUUCGACGCGACAUUGUUUUUGUCCGAGGCCGUCGCGAACACAUCUCUUUCCUCUUGGCCGGUGCGCACUUUGCUUGCAAAAACAAAGUCCGGAAUUUUGACAACUUACUGACGCUAAUGGGACAUGGCGAUGGACACGUCAACAUCCGCUGACUCAGAGACGGCGUGCCGAGGGAGCAUCGAGGCCCCGUCGUUAAAGGUGGGCUCGGUGCGGAGGAACCUCUUCGGCCCCGUGGACCACCAGCAGCUGCGCCAGGACUUCCAGCGUCUCCUCCACUCGGGCGUGGACGCGGCCAACAAGCGGUGGAACUACGACUUCCGCAGCGACGCUCCGUCGCCGGGCCCCGGCGUGCAGUGGGAGGAGCUUAAGUGCCAGGAUGUGCCGAGAUUUUACCACAGCUGCACGGUGAGGCCGGCGGCGAAGAAGACGAGGAGGCGGUUCUCGGCGUCGCCGGGCGACAGCUCCGACGAGUCCGGCAGCUCUUCCGGAUCCGGGGACGAGUACCUGGAGGUGGCCACAAGGCGGCGCUGCAGGUUGCAGAAGCGCAAACAGUUGACCAUCAUGGAUUUCUUCAAGGUGAAGAAGAGGAAGCUUCUACAUUACAAAAGCAUGACUCGGCAGUAGGAGCACCUCAGAUAUGUUUCAUAUCCAUGUACAUACUGUAUGUAGCAUCUGGCAACACAACUUUAUUAGCACAAAAAAGCUACCAGUUUUUUUUUUUAGUCCAACCACACGGUUCUAAAUGAUAUAUAUGUAUGUAUAUAUGUACAUUCUACAUACUGUUUUCUUCACUUUUUUUAUACUGUGAAAUUGUAUUAUGUGCACUCUGACAGUCCAGCGCCGUGGAGAGUAUUUGUCAAGGUGGUGACCUCACUCGUCACCUAUUUGUUAUGCUGAAAGUCCGAACUAUUCCUGGCCUCGCGCCACACUUUAUUCUCAUCACCCCCGGCCGCCUCUGACGGCGCUAUGAGGCAAGGGUCAAAACCUCGCCCGGGGUUCAAAUUUGGCGGCAUGCUAGCGAUGAGCUCCAGGUUAAAGGUCAACGGUGGAGGGUCAGCCACUAUCGUGCUGAUAACCAGGAUUCUUAUCUAUUUAUGUAUUCACAAUGCUAGCCCGUCCUCAAAAAUAAGAUACUAUAUCUAUAUAUAUACAUAUACACAUAUCCAUCCCAUCCAUCCAUUUUCUACAGCUUAUUCUAAUAUAUACAGUAUAUGCAUACAUAUAUAUAUUUGUGUGUGUGUGUAUAUAUGUAUAUAUAUAUAUAUAUAUAUAUAUAUAUACACACACUACCGUUCAAAAAGUUUGGGGUCACCCAAACAAUUUUGUGGAAUAGCCUUCAUUUCUAAGAACAAGAAUAGACUGUCGAGUUUCAGAUGAAAGUUCUCUUCUUCUGGCCAUUUUGAGCGUUUAAUUGACCCCACAAAUGUGAUGCUCCAGAAACUCAAUCUGCUCAAAGGAAGGUCUGUUUUGUAGCUUCUGUAACGAGCUAAACUGUUUUCAGAUGUGUGAACAUGAUUGCACAAGGGUUUUCUAAUCAUCAAUUAGCCUUCUGAGCCAAUGAGCAAACACAUUGUACCAUUAGAACACUGGAGUGAUAGUUGCUGGAAAUACACCUAUGUAGAUAUUGCACCAAAAAGCAGACAUUUGCAGCUAGAAUAGUCAUUUACCACAUUAGCAAUGUAUA